CGGCCUUCAGGUGAGGAGAUCACACCAGAAAUCCUCAUCAGGAAAAACCAACGGGAACGACUCUGACUCAACCCAAAGGGAGGAAGAGGUCACUCCACACCCCCUCACCCAGCAGUUACUUCAAUGCUUUAUGAAGGUGGAGUUAUUUGGGGGGGUAGAGAGAGAGCAAAAGGAGUUGAGGACAGAGUGAGAGUUACAGAGCAACAGAAGACGGAUUAUCUGACCUGCGCAUGGAUUCACCAAACGUCUGCUUUAAGUCUAGUUUGGACCUGUUGUGGGGUGCAGCAGCUAUCAAAUAUUCUACUCAUUUGAUUUCAGUUGCAGAACUAAAAAAAAAAAACUUUUUAACAUGAAGAACCUUUUACCUGGAUAUUGAUGAGCGUUAUACAUUUGGAUUUUUGUUUAUGAACAGUUUUCUGGAAAUACAAGGACCAAACUCAAGCAACCAGGACAGAAGCUUAAAAUUUAGGAAGCAUUAUAAAGUGGAAACAAAAGGGGGAAAUAAGUGGGAGCAUCUUGCCUAUCCUUGACUGUGGAGGUUCUCCUCCCUGCCCUCACAGACCAUCCUCGCCCCCAGCAGCAUGUCCCAGGCUCUGAGGCUGCCUCUAGUCCUCCACACAGCACACUACCAUGACCAGAUGGGCUGUUGGAGGGAGUAAGGCUACCGCUGCCUCAUCCUGCUCCAGGACUAGCUCAGGGACAUCUUCCUGUUCUGGGACCAGCUCCAGAUUAAGGUCACCAGCACUGCUCACCUCCCCAUCUUUGCCUCUCCUGAUAGUCCUGGUAAUUUUCAUCUUCUCCAUACCUGGGUCAGCUUACCAUCAGCUCCGCAGAGACAGAUUAAGGCUUGCCAUACCACGGACUCUCAAGGUCCCACUGAACAUCUCUGAGACUGAGGAUGUCUUUAGGACCAGGGUCACUGGAGGUCGGACUGGGGGGCCACAGGGUAGGCAUGUGCGCAGCUACUGUCAUCUCCAAGGGGACAUACGAAGGAGGAAGUUAUUCUCAUUCCAGAAGUUUUUCCUGAGGAUCGAUGGGAAUGGAAAGGUUAAUGGAACCAAGAACAAAGACGACCCUUUCAGUAUUCUGGAAAUCACGUCGGUGGACGUGGGAGUGGUGGCCGUCAAAGGGCUGAACAGUAACUACUAUCUGGCUAUCAACAAGAAAGGAGAGCUGUACGGAACGAGAGAGUUUGGUGUCGACUGCAUGCUGAAGGAGCGGAUUGAGGAGAAUGGUUACAACACGUAUGCAUCAGCCAAGUGGCGGAACAAGAAGCGACAGAUGUUUGUGGGGCUAAACGUCCACGGGAAACCGCUGAGAGGGAAGAAAACCCGCCGGAAGAACACGGCCACCCACUUUCUUCCAAUUAUGGUCUGAACUGGAGAAUGCAGCACUGGACACUGAUAUUUACUCCAAAAAAAGAUGUAAAAUAAAGACACUCACUGACUUCUACUUAUUCGAAAAUAAGGCACUAACACUGUUCCACACACAAGUGGUCCCUGCUCUUGACUUUGAGAUGUACUUUGCUCGGAGGAGAAGAUGAUAAUCUAUGUUUUCUGUGGCACUGGAUGCAAUAUUUAUCCUUUUGUCUGUGCCAAACCAGAAUGCAACCAGUAUGUGUGUGUGUGUGUGUGUGUGUGUGUGUGGGUCUGUAUGUGUGUAUUUGUGAGAACAACCCAGAAUAUACUGUCCAAUAAUCCAAAACUGUUCCAAACUAUUAUUUAUAAUCCACUCUCUGCUGAGAGUCAUUCCAC